ACUUUCUCACACUGUAGGCAAAAAACGCCUGUACCUCUCUCUGCGUUGUUGGCAGGAAAAAGUUCCCAGUUUAUAAAAAGCCUGCCCCGCGCCUACCUCAAUUUUCAAAAAGUAAAUAGUUUGUUUAUCCAUUCUCUGUCCUACAUUCAGAAACAUACCACGUUUGCCAGUUGAUAACAUUGCUGUCAAUUUGUGCCGCCAUCCUAUUUCUUUCGCUACUCAACCUAUCGAGCAAUUUGCCUCUUCUUUAGUCAAGACCCUAUAAUAAUUACUAUUUUUUAGUUACUCAAUGACUCAAUUCCGCAAGUUUGCCAAUCCCGGUCCCCUGGGUCUGUCUGCUUUUGCGCUGACGACCUUUGUCCUGUCCCUGCACAACGCCGAUAUUGGCCAAAAGGCCGGUGCACCUACAAGCGUCAUCAUCGGUCUGGCGUUCUUCUACGGCGGCCUGUCCCAGUUCAUGGCUGGAAUGUGGGAGUUUGCCAGCGACAACACAUUCGGUGCCACCGCGUUCACAUCCUUUGGCGGCUUCUGGAUGUCCUACGGCGUGAUCAUCACACCCUUUUUCGGCGUCAGCAGCGCUCUUAAUGCUGCUGGACCUGACGUCAAGGCCAAUGCGCUUGGAAUAUUCCUGCUUGGCUGGGUGAUCAUGACAUUCAUCUUGUUCCUGGCCACUCUGCGCACUAACCUCGGACUCUGCGUUCUCUUCGCCAUGGUCGACGUCACAUUAUUGCUCCUGUGCAUUGGUGACUGGACUAUGAACCACCAAGUCAGCAAGGCCGGCGGCUACUUUGGCCUGCUCACAUCUCUUAUUGCCUGGUACAUUGCCGCUUCGGACCUGAUCGGCCACCACAACAGCUUCUUCAUCCUGCCCAACCCCUCGCUGGCACCUCGCCCCAUCGUCACCACCAUUGAGGAUGCCAAGCUUGAUGAUUACUAGACGCUCUCUAUAAGCUACGCGCUUUUUUCAUCUUGCUUACUGUCUUACUUUCUGCCCGCUAUUGUAUAACCAACCCUCAGUCUCUGGUGCCACUUUUUAUUUGCUUCUUGUAUUUUAAUUUUUUAUUUAUAAAAAACGGCUUUUUCAUGAUUUUUAAAAUUUUAAAUUUUUCAAACAAUAUUUGCCGUAAUGAAAAUUCAAUGAUGCAAAAUGCAAG